AUGGAGAAUCGGGCGCCGCAGGUGAUGUCAGGAGCCCCUGAUAUCGCCAGUGGGCCGCCUCUCAAAUUCAAAAGGCCAAAGUGCUUUGGCGACUUGCCCAAGGACUGCCUUGCAAAGGUUCUCUUCCUGCUGGACUGCCACUCGUAUGUGAAUGCCAUCGUGAGUUGCAAGGCCAUCCUGGAGGCCUCCCGGCUGAGGGAGAGUGUCAAUCAAGAAGUGGCAUUCCUACAGGCGUCGAGCAACUUCCUGAUGAGUGCCAGACGGCUCAUCUCGGACGGCUCCCCUGCAGAGCGCUGGCGGGCCACGUACACCGUGGCUGAACGCGUCAAGGCAUUGCAGGACGAGUUGGGACGCCGGGCCACGGAUAUGCGGGUGCGGCUCCGAGAGGAGGCGCUGCGAGCGGAGGCCGCCACCUGCCUGUGCGGCUUCGACCUGCCCAGGAGCGGCCUGUGGGACAGGCUGUUCUCUCUGGACGGCACAUGGACAUUCCACAGUGAGACAUACCAAGACGACGGAGAGGGCAUUCAGUACUGCUCCAGGAUAGAAUCCACGGACCGCCGCAGCAACACCAGCAGGCGCGUGAAGAUCGAGCUGCGUCCGCGCUGGGGCGACGCCCCCGGCUACGUCCUCCACAUGGAGCUCCACCAAGGCAAAAUCGUGGCCGCCCCAAGCGGCGAGCUAAUGUACGAGGACGAUCACCGCGGCGACGAAGACGGCUGGGGGGCCGAUUUCGACGACUAUCUCAGCGCUGACGACGAGGAAGGGAACGUAGUCGAGGGCAACAGCGGCGGGGUGAUUUUUAAAGUGUUUCCGAAGGAGGCCUUUCAGAAGGACGGCAGGGCGGCGUUUGCGGGGAUGGAGUGGCCGGGCAGGAGGCGGCCGCUGGGGGAUGCGGGCGGAAGGCAUGGGUAUUCGGAGGUCCAGUCAGGCGAGCUGUUCACGAGGUGGGCGGCGGCGGUCAUAAGGAGCCACCCGGCGCGGUGGGGGGACUAG